AGCGAGCCGCUUUGAACGAACACCCUCUUCGACAUAUCAACCACCCAAUAUGUCUCGAUUCUUUCACGGCAGUGACAGCUCGAGUGAAAGCUCCUCCGACGAGGAGUUGUACGGAAGCGAUGAGGAGGAGCCCACCACCCGCGCGGCGGAAGACAGCUCUGAGGAGGACAGCGACGAUGACGAUGACGACGACUCAGAUUCCAGCAGCGACGACGAGGGUGGCAAAACCGGUGCCAGCCGUUUCUUGCGCGAGGCCAGCUCGGACUCCGAGGACAGCGACGAGGAGAAAGUCACAGUUGUGAAGUCUGCAAAGGACAAGCGAUUUGACGAACUUGAGGGCACCAUCAAGCUGAUUGAGAAUGCCGAGAAAAUCAGCGACUGGAAUGCGAUCAACGAGCACUACGAUAAAAUGAACAGGCAACUACCGACUCUCAUGCGUGACUUGGACGGCAAGCCACCGAAAAUGUACAUUCAGACCAUCGCCGAAUUGGAGACACGAGUUGCGGAGGCAUUUGAGAAGCAGAAGGUCACGCCCGGCAAGAAGAUGAACCCGAUCGCUCAGAAGGGUCUCAACGCGCUGCGACAGAAGAUCAAGAAGAACAACCGUGACUACGCGACCGAGCUCGAGACUUUCAGGAAAAACCCUGACGAGUAUAUGAAGGAGGAGAUUGUAGAGGAGGCAGCGCCAACACCAAAGAGGGUGAAGAAGAGCUUGACAGUGGAGAGUGUGCAGGAUGCUGGAGAUGAUGGCUUCACCAUGGUCGGUGCUGGUGGCAAGGCCAUGGUAUACACACCGGAGAGCAUCUUGAAGCAUCUAAGGUCAAUCGUCGAGUCCCGAGGAAGGAAGAACACCGACCGUUUGGAGCAGAUCAAGAUCAUGGAGCGUUUACUGGAGGUUGCUAUCAACGACUACCAGCGCAUCCGCGUCCUCCUGACAUCAGUCGCUACCCGAUUCGACAUCACAUCCGGAACUGGUAAUCAGAUGACCCAGGAACAGUGGAAGGCUUCUCAGUCGGAGAUCGGCCAACUGCUCACCGUCCUCGAGAAGAACCCCAACAUGAUUGUUACCGAGAAUGCGGAGGAGUGGGAAGACGAUGAAAAGCUGCCGACCAUCACCCCUGGCGAGAUCUUCAAGAUUCCUGGCAACGUAGUCUCCUUUGUUGAGCGCCUGGAUGACGAGCUCACUCGAGUCUUGCAGCAGGUCGAUCCACAUACUGCGGAGUACGUCGAGCGUCUGACUGACGAAACGUCUCUCUACACCAACUUGGUUCGCGCUCAAAUCUACGCCGAGCGAUUGAGAUCCACACCCAAACUGGAUGCAUCGCCGGAAUAUGUCAACCGCGUUGUCAUGCGCCGCCUUGAACAUGUGUACUUCAAGCCUUCUCAAGUUUGCAUCAUCCUCGAGGAGAACAGCUGGAAGGACAUUCCCACCGCGAACGACUCGAAGAUCACUCCGCGCUCUCAGGCCAAGGAUGUCACAACGCUUGUGCAGACUCUCGCCACCUACCUUUUCCAAAACGCCGAUGGCAUCAUCAAGGGCCGCGCUAUGCUGUGCCAGAUUUACUUCCUCGCACUCCACGAUCAGUACUUCAAGGCAAGGGACAUGAUGCUCAUGUCGCAUUUGCAGGAGACCAUCGGCAGCUUCGACGUCAACACCCAGAUCCUCUACAACCGCACUCUCACCCAAGUCGGUCUCUGUGCUUUCCGUGCCGGUCUUGUCUACGAGUGCCAGACCGCUCUUCAGGACAUCUGCGGUAGCCAGAGGCAGAAGGAGCUUCUCGCACAAGGUCUGCAGAUGCAGCGCUACUCUCAAAUAACACCCGAGCAAGAGCGUUUGGAGAGACAACGCCAGCUUCCAUUCCACAUGCACAUCAACCUGGAGCUUCUCGAGUGUGUCUACCUCACAUGCUCUAUGCUCCUCGAAAUCCCAACCCUCGCCCAGGCUGGCAGCUCGCCAGACCUCAAGAAGCGUGUCAUCUCCAAGUCAUAUCGCCGUAUGCUCGAGUAUCACGAGCGUCAAAUCUUCACUGGCCCACCAGAGAACACUCGCGACCACGUCAUGCAAGCGUCAAAAGCUCUUGCCGCCGGAGAGUGGAAAAAGGCUGCCGACUUCAUCACGACUAUCAAGAUCUGGGACCUGCUACCGAAGGCGGCCGAGAUCAAGACCAUGCUCGAGGCUCAGAUCCAAGAGGAGGGUCUGCGAACAUACCUCUUCACCUACGCUCCGUUCUACGACACUCUCAGCGUUGAAAACCUCGCUGGCAUGUUCGAUCUUGAACCUCGCAAGGUCGCCGCUAUCGUCUCCAAGAUGAUCCAUCACGAGGAUCUCGCCGCGGCUCUCGAUCAAGUUAACAGCGCGAUCAUCUUCCGGAAGGGCGUGGAACUCAGUCGUCUGCAAAGUCUCGCCCUUACACUCAGCGACAAGGCUCAGAAUCUCAUCGAAUCAAAUGAGCGGGUACUGGAACAGCGAACACAAGGCACAGCGCACGCUUUCGAGCGGCAAGGCGGCCGUGGAGGACGUGGUGGCCGAGGAGGUGGCCGUGGCGGCGGACGAGGUGGACGAGGUGGUGGUCGUGGUGGCAGUGUCGAGGGCGCGCCCAAUCGGGGAGGUGGGGCAGGUUUCACAGGCGGUGCAUUGGGCAAUGCCAUCCGAGCGCAGUAGAUCACGG